AUGGCGGAAGGAGCCUGUAAUACGACGCUGCACGCCCUCGGCAGCGGUCCGAACAAUGCCACCCAGCUCGUCGAGUUCUCGCCAAUUUCUCUGGUCGCCCAGGUGGCCACGUCGUCGGCCUCGAAUCCGCUGGUGAUCGUCGUGGCUGAUGGGGGAGACCAGCGCGAGGUCGAGCGGUUCAGCUUCAUCCCGGCCGAGGACGUCCUAACGACAUCAAACUCUCGCAUAUCAUUCCAAGCCUGGUGCCAUCUACAAGCCUUCUCCGCGGCGGGGCGAAGCUCUUUAGCCGCCUGCAGUCAUGAUGCCAUUUCCGGAAUUUUCCUAAUCCGGGAUCAAUUCUACACUCUACGACAGCACGACGGUCGAAUUUUCAUUGUUCCGCGUGAUGGGGCCACUUGCGAUUUCCACACGCGUCCAAAACGAGCGGUGAAAGUGAAGAACGGACUGCCCGACUACUACAAGAAAUACCUGGACCGGAAUCAACGUUACGUCGAGUUGGCGCUGUUUGCUGAUAAAUCUAUGCACGAUUUCUACAAGGAGAAGACGUCAGACCGUCUGAAAACCAUCGCACUUCAUGUGAACUCGCUGUAUUCCCCGCUCCGCAUUGACGUCCGACUGAUCUACCAGGAAAUCUGGACGGACGCCGACAAAGUUGAUGUGCUCGAGAAUGGCGACAAAACGCUGGAGAAGUUUGUGAUCUAUCGAAAAUCGGUGUUGGCCGAGAAGCCGAACGAUAAUGCGCACUUGUUGACGAGAAUCCAUUUCGAGGAUGGGGUCGUCGGAAAGGCCUACAAGGGAACGAUGUGCUCCUUGGAUUAUUCUGGAGGUGUCGAUGUGGACCACCAAGAAGACGCUGCGCUUGUCGCGGCGACCGUGGCCCACGAGAUGGGACACAACUUUGGGAUGGGCCACGACCCGAUUGAUGACGAGAACAUGUGCGAGUGCAAGAAUGACCACUGUCUGAUGCAUCCGACUGCUGGGUACUCCUACCCAGCCUACUGGUCCGAGUGCUCGCUUCGCCAGCUAUUCAACUCUCUAGAGCGAGGUGUCGAUUUCUGCCUGCACAAUCAACCCGGAGUCACGGUUUCGGACCCAAACCGCUGCGGAAAUGGCGUUGUCGACCCGGGCGAAGAAUGCGAUUGCGGGGCCGAGAUUUGCCCCUCGGAUUGUUGCAUCGGAAAAACGUGCCAAUUACGACCGGCAGCGGAAUGUGCGGCUGGAGGGUGCUGUGAUUUGGCUACUUGCAAGAGGAAACCCCGCUCAACCGUUUGCCGUCACAAAAUCGACAUUUGCGAUCUGCCCGAGUACUGCAACGGCGAAACCGACGAGUGCCCGGCCAAUUUCUUCAUCCAGGACGGCCAUACCUGCCCGGGGUAUCCGGAAGCCUUCUGCUACAACGGACAGUGCGGCUCGAGGAAUCUACAGUGUGAAACAAUCUGGGGCCCGGAGAGCAAAGAUGCCGACGCGCACUGCUACGACAACAACAUCUCGGGCAGCUAUCAGGGCAAUUGCGGCACGAUCAGCUACGGCAACUACAGCAAAUGCCCGCAGGAGGACGUCCAAUGUGGGCGACUACAAUGCAAUGCCGACCUGAACCAGAAGCCGAUCCUGAGCGAUGCCAUCUCCUUCUCGCACAGCUACACGAAAAUCUACGACACGUUGAGCAAGAAGACGAUUUCGUGCAAGAUGGUCGACUCGACGCUCCGUGACCAGGAUAAAGAGCUGGGGAUCGUCAAGGACGGCGCGGUUUGUGGCAAGGAAAAGGUGUGCCUCUCGAAAAAGUGCACAAAGUUGACGGCGAUUCGGUCGACGGUGACGGACUGCUUGGACCACUGCUAUGACCGUGGCGUGUGCAACAACGUUGGCAAUUGCCAUUGCGAUCCCGGAUACGGAGGCGUCUCCUGUGGCAUCCCCGGCUACGGUGGCUCUGUGAAUUCCAAUCCCGCAGAUUAUCGAGCAAUGUCGAGUCUCGUCAUCGCCGGCAUCAUCCUCGGCUUCGUCUUCCUGGGCUAUAUCCUUGCCACGAUUUGGUUCUACAAGAAAAAGAAGAUCUGGCUGCCCGGGGAAUGCUGGAAAUGGACUCGGGAUACGUUCAACCUGCGCGGCGUUUUGGUGCCGGUCAGAAAGGCGCCACCUCCGCCCGGUGGUGGUGGCCAUCAGCGGAUGAAGCGCUUCUCCUUGAACAUGGGCUGGGGUGACCAUCACACGGUCACCUACCGAACCGCCGAAAACUCUGUGCCCAUCGUCCACAAUCCAUCGCCACCUAUCACGCUCCCCAUCAAGAAUCCAGUACCCGACUACCAAGGCGCUGGUAGCAGCUUCCCGGCUACGGCCGUCUUCCAACCGAACGCCCCUACGAUCACCGUGUCCCGCUCGAAUUCGCUGAAUCGGCCCACGCAACCACCACCAGGGGUUCCAUCUAGACCGAGGGAUUCCGCGCUACAAGCACUCUACGAGGAGCACGGAGCCGAGAUGGGGAUACGGACGGAACCGAUAGAGCAUCACUACGUCGUGCCACCCGAUUCCCCGGCCGAAAAACCACCACCUCCUAUCCCAAAAGCCUCGCCAGUCGCCGCGACGUCGAAGAUUCAGCGUUCCGAGUCGAUGAACAGACCGCCGACGAUUCCGCCACCGCCGCCACCUGUCGCUGAUAAGCCCAAAUUCGACAAGCCCUCCAAGCCGACGAUUAGCGCCCCGAAGCCAAAGCUUCCCAAGCCGGCCAACGACAGCGAAACCGACACCAGCGAGUCGCAACCCAUCUCCGAAGCUCUGAUCGUGAUGGUCCAAACGCCGAACGGCUUCGUCCCGAUGAUCAUUCGCCCCGAUUCGCAGAACCCGGGCCUGCAAGAUCAGAAGAAUCAACAAGGAGACAACGCCCAGGGUUCUACGGAAGACGAUGAUGUCUUGGCUGCCACGACGGAAGUGCCAAAGAAGGCUCCUAAGGAUGUGGAAAUCCCGAAGACGAGCAAGAAUACCGACAACAAGCAAAAGAAUGACAACCUCGACAUCUCAGUCGAGAUUUUACCCAGUCGAAUCCCGGCGCCGAGCUUUGGAAAUGAUGAGAAGGAAAUCCAGCUUGACGCCGUGACUGAAGCCCCCGAGGUGGAGCUUGACACACAAGACCCGGAUAUGCAGCCGAAGCGGAUUCCCGGACCCCAUCGCCAUCACCAUCACCGAUUCCCGGCGCAUCGCUUCGAGGACUUUGACCGAAAUGACGACUUCCAGCCAAGAAGGCAUAAGGUCGAUGAUGCU